CUCAAGUUUGAGUGCAACAAGUGACAGUAUUGGAAUUAAUAAGAUCUCAUGGUUAUCUCUGUGAAUAACCAGUCUAGAUAAACAUUUAAUUGUAUCAAUUAAAUAUCCGCAAGCUAGCAAACUAAAGAUGUGAUUUGGAUUGCUGGGCGUUGAAUUUUCUCCGUAUCAAUCAGCAGUCUACUCAGAGCAAAUUUAUAUUUAGAGGCGCCAAGAAGGUUCAACACCUUUGGCAUUUGCGUUCCGUGCGCUGUUUAAAAACGUUUGACUAAAACAUUUAAUUCGAAAAAUACGUUGCAUACGUUCAUUUGUAUUUAUUGUUUCUCCAUAUACUAUAUAAACUUUAACACUUACUAACUAAUAGAAAGACAUCAAAAUUAGGCUUGGUUGCUGCCCUUUUUUUAUGUAAAAAAGCCAACACUUUUACAAAGCAAGAAACAUAACAAUACUUCGUAUUUUUUAAAAUGAAUAUAGAGUUUUUUCAACGUAUACGUCUGAUGGAUUCGCACAUAGAUAUUUGAUAGGUGACUAUUUGAGUCAGCCAGUGACUAUAUUAUCUUCCCUUGUCAAAUUCGUGGGAAGCUCACUAGUUCUAGCCUUCUUUGAUCAUGGUUGAACAGAAAAAACGGAACAUUGACCUGAAGUGCCUAGUGAAUAUUUCUUUAGACGCAUUGCGGCGUUUGAAGAGAUGGUUUAAAUGGUUUUAAGUGGUGUUUUUCACAUUAGUGCUCCUUAGGUUUAUCCUGUGAAGUUCGGCGUGUAUUACUUUUGCAUUAAUCGUUUUUAUAAUUUAUGGCGAGGUUGGUAUUUGAACACAAGAAUAACACGCUCAUAUUUGUUUAUUUUAGGCUAUUCAUUAACAUAAACAGCUUGUUAUGGUUUAUUCAAAGCUUAACAAAAAUAUUAUUUUAUUAAGUCGCGAUUUUUGUCAAGACUAUUACAAUAUCAAUAUAUCUAUUCAGAAAAUGGAGUAGGCAGAGCAAGCUCCUUAGUGCAGGUUUUUUAGGUUUCAAUAUUAAUUCAAUCUUAUUAUCGUAGUGUAGGUUGAAAUAUUUACAUUUUGAAGCCACUUUAGCACUUAAGAAAACAUGAUAUAGGGGAAAACAUUUUUUCAGGAGUUUUUUAGCUUUAAAAAUAGGCAUUAUAGCAGUUCCUCAUUACGAACGGAGUUAAAUUUGCGUUGCUUGACAGGUGCUUAUCUAGGCGAAUAUCCGGAAAUUUGGCUAUGGAAAUUAUGAUAACUUGCGAGCCAGAAAUAGUUAAAGGGAUAUUCUUAACAGACUCAAUUCUUAUGAGGCAAAAGUGAAUGAAAGCCGAUUUAUUUAGACGGUAGUGGGCAUCUGGAAAGCACAACAGUUGAUAAGCUUAGGCAAACCUUAUAACAAAUGAAAGCAAGAGGGAUAGAAUUCAUAUUUUUCAAUAAAUGUCGGAAGGAAACACUUUACUGUACAAUGACUGAUCCAGAUAAACAACGGUUCUACAGUAUUCUGACCAACAUACUGUUAAGUCUCGAAUUUAUAGCAAUUAGAUGAGAUAUGUCUGGGUAUGAAGCUGCCUUUGAUGUGAGGGUCUCUACAGAAACCAACAACUCGCUCGACAGCUUCAUUUCUUCACCUCCAAAAAAGGGCAGGCGGUAUGCCAAAUCUGUCGGUAGUGGGCCCGCUAGACGUCCUUCGACAGAAAAUGAUUCUAGAUAUGAUGGAGCAGAGGAUGAAAAAUAAAAUCAACGCCAAUAACGAGUUUCUGUCUAGACUCGGAAAACGUGGAGGACCAGUGACAGCAUCAACACCUACGAUACUUGACCUUAGCAAUACAGCCGCUAUCGAUACCUUCCAACAGCUUGCUUUCCUGACGAGCUUGGUGAAGAAACGAAGACGGAGAUCGUUAGCUGACAGCACACUCUUCUCAGCACCCAGCAUUCAAGUGUGGUUGAAUGAUCAGCGUCGUUUGGCUGGACGUUAUACAAAAUCAAACGGAAAUCGUCAAUCCAGCAGAGUAUUUCGACUGGAUCUACGUACUUACGGUACGGUGCCUAAAUCACCUACUCUAAAGACAGAACCCUAUGUUCUGUCUGAUGACGCCACUACGAAGGCACCUUACACAUCCAACUUCGUGUCAACCAAAUUGGCUGAUUCCGAGCCAACCACAGGCAGUUUAACAGAGCCAGGGCCAACUACAUGGUCACCAUCACUUCAAGGCUAUGUCGAUGAUUGCAGUUCUCCGGUUAAUGCAUUACGCAGAGAUCAUCCUAACCACUUUGCAAAAAAUACGACUAUUUUUUUCAGCAUGAGAUCUGAGGCUGAAGAGAGGUUUCUUAGAGAGAUUAUUAGCGGUCGGAACCACGUUAGUAGUAGCAAAACAAACAUUACAACAGCUACUUCGAUAACAGAUGAAUCAGGUGACGAUUGGUCAGAUAACACGUCGGCUACAAGGGAGAUCAGUCAGCAAAUAGAUGAAACAACUACAGACCAUACUGAAUUUAGAUUCACACUACCAGAAUCCACCUCUAAUGCCAAAACAAGCGCAAAGCAUGGUCAGUUGGUCGACGGCAUUUCGCAACAAGAGCACCAACGGCAGUUCACAACAGAAACAGCCUUUAUGUUUCAUGAAACAAGUGAAAGUGACUUUGUAGAAUCAUUCGAAGAGCAAAAAACGACCUUUAAUGAGAGAGGCGUGUCCGAGAAGGUCAAAAUAUUACCAGCUUCUGAUAAUUUCGAAUUGUCCAGCCAUUCAACUACAGAAAUAAACGAAUCUUCCUUUGACUAUUCUGUUUCAACCUUACUUAGCGAAAUUCCAACGAAGACAAUACACAGACCUGUGGAAAACAUGACUGAUUGGCCGGUCGUGUCGAUUGUCACAUCUGUCUCAGAGCUCAUUACAACAAAAAAAGAAGAAAAACUGCCUAUAGCUUUCGUCGAUCACAACGAUAUUACAACAACGGAAAGUGCUGCUACCAAACAGACAGUUAUUAAUCCAAGUCCAGUAAUCAGUGUGAAGACAGUUCUGCGGAAUAUUGCCAAGUUGCCCCCUGAACAUGCGCAUGCGAUUCAAUUUGACUCGAGUUCGAGCAUGGUGUCCCCUGGGUAUGUCGCGAAAAAUCAAAAUAGCUCUGCUGGACAUCCCAUUCGACCGAUAAUCAUAGGCAGCUUUGAAUUCUCUUUUGAUUCUAACAACGAUGCAAAGCAAAGAUCUAAUCGACCUAAAGCGUUUACAAAAAAUGAUGCAGUCGCAGUCAAAAGGCAGUAUGCUUCACAGUCGCAGGUAUUUUAUGAAAAAGAAGGAAGCCUGGAGCGGAUUACAGACACACGUGACAUUGGUCAGAACCAUACAAGCAAAACCAUAAGCUUUUUGACUACAGAACAUGUUUUACAAGCUACAACGUCGGCAUCAAAUCUUCAUGCAUUAUCGACAACGCUUCCCUCAAUCACCACGCCCAUGCCCGGUCUAAAACCUGCCAUUCUUAAAGCCGAUGUUACAAAAGCUUUACAUGAAGUGCGCGCCUUCGAUGAUAGUGAUGAAUCUAAUAAAUCUAUAGAGCGUCUAACAGUUAAGCACAAUAAAAAACCGCUGUCUGAUUCACCGACGCAAAUAAGGACACAAACAAGCAUCUCACUAAACGAGCUGGGCGAGCCUUUCAAUCCAGAGACGAGGGUAGUCUACGACAGCAAAAUGACUCCAACAGUCGAAGAAGUGAAGACCGUUAAAAAAAAACAAACGUUUCUCAUAGGACACACAUGGACAGGCAACAAAAAUACAUCUAAAAAAAACAAAGAAACAAUAUCAAAUUCACCUACUCAAAGGCCAAUGGAAGAAGCAUUUACAAAAGUAAAUAAAGUGUCUUCAAAGCCCACGUCUAAUCUUGCGUCACAUGAGAAUCACAAUGAUGAUGUUAACGAAAUUUUUAAAUCACUUCGAGAAAACGAUCAAGACGGCUGUAUACAACGUGCUAUUUGCGAAUACGAAGCUAUGAAAAGAACGAAGACGCUUAACAUCAUGGAAGAAAGUUUCGUGGACCUGUUCGGGUAAGGGCUCAAACAAACUACGUUUCAAUUUUAUAAAUAUCAUGAUGCAAUAAAGGAAACAAAAAAGAAGAAAAAGAGAAAUAGUUUUCGUAUAAAUUGAUAAAACUAUCCAUGGAAGUCUUUUAAUGCAUUUAAUAAAUUAUUGACGCUUUAUAGAUAGUAACGUAAUCAAUGUAUUUUGCAUGGCACAGGAGCACUAUAAUCUAAAACAAUUAGUUUAUUUUUAGAAAAGUCACAAAAAACAACAACUGUUAAGAAUACAGGCAUGUAACUUGUAGAAUACAAAUGCUUUUCUAAAAGAGGUUUUUUUUUCUUGUAACAUUUAAAAUUUUAAAGUUAACUUUAAAAAUAGCCUUUUACCUAUUCUCUGAAAACUAAACUCAGCUCUAGGACAGUUUGUAUAACGCGAGUAACCUAAUAGGCUUAGAAUACAAAUUUCGGCAUAGGCACAGAAGAGUGAUUGCGUUAAUGUAUUUUUAGAACACAAAGUCAGUGUAACUCUGACGCCUUCCUGAGAUGAUUAAAAAAAGCGCUGGCUAAAUUACGAGGUCGCUUAAUGAAACAGGCAAAUAGACAAGUGCAUUUUAGGAUCGGA